AUGAUAUGUUUUAAAAUACGAAUAAGAUUGAAAAUGUUCAUCUGUAUGUUAGUUCUGUUUGCGAUCAAUGCAAAUGCUCAAGUAUGUAAUGGUCCAUUAGGAAUGAUUAGCGGGGAAAUACGCGAUUGGCAAAUAACAGCAUCAUCAACUUAUCCAGAUUAUGAUUGUCAUGAGAAAAAUGCUCGAGUGUAUCAAGCAUUUGAUCGAGCUUGGUGUGCUCGACAUAAAUCCGAUUCAGAAUGGCUACAAAUUGAUCUGGGAAUACCGGCGAAAAUAUCAGGUGUAUUAACACAAGGUCGAGCAAAUAAGGAUGAAUAUGUCACAUCGUUUAUGAUUUCAUAUAGUACUGAUGCGUAUCGUUGGCAAUACUUGGUCGAUCAGUAUGGAAAUCAAAAGAUCUUUUCGGCAAAUACGGAUUCAUAUUCGGUGCAUAACAACUACUUUGAUGAACCAAUUCUCACUCGUUUUAUUAAAUUUCAUCCGAUGGAGUGGUACUCACAUCCGUCAUUACGCGUAGAGAUUAUUGGUUGUCAAGAAUGCAAACAAUAUUUGGGCUUACCACCUUAUGGAAAAGUCACCGCAUCAACCACAUGGCCCGCUCGCCGACGAGCGACAUGUCAAGCAGAAGAUGGAUAUCUACUUAGUAACAAAGGAUGGUGUUCAAAAAAGAAAUACAAACACGAUCAAUGGCUAGAAUUUGACUUGGGACAUCCAUCAACAGUAACAUCAUUGAUAACAAAAGGCCGAACUGAUACGAAUCAAGAACAAUGGGUGACGAAAUACCGAGUUUCGUUUUCGAAUGAUUCUCGUCUGUGGAUUUAUUAUAAGGAUAAAUUACAAAUCGAACCAAAGGCAAGUGCUUGUUUUCCGGGUUAUUUUCGUGUUAAUAGUGAAGCACAUUGUGUGGAAAAUCUGGCUUACGGGAAACGAACGUGGACAAAUGACCGGAAUCGUUAUCGUCGUAAGACUUCUCUUGAAGGAUUUCAAUUUCGUAGUACACGCGAAUCAAACGGUGAUCCUUCGUUGGCUGUAGAUGGCUUUGAAGAACCGCUAGACUGGGCAAAAUGUGCAACUAUUGACAAUUAUUUCGUGGAGAAGCCUGUAUGGAUGGUUGAUCUCGGGCGAGCAACGAAUGUCGCUGGCGUUUUGGUCAGAACAUGGCAUGAUGGUCUAGAUUCCAAUGGAUCUUCAUCGAUGUAUCGAGAUUAUUUAGUAAAUUUGAAUCAAUACAAUGUUUAUGUGGAUCAUUAUCCUCGUCGAUAUCGUUUUAAAAAUGCUAAUUUAUGUUCAUCUAUCAAACGUACUGAUCAAACAUUGACAUCAUCAUCUCGUCUACACUUUCAAUGUCAACGUUCAUUACAUGGUCGUUUUGUUUACAUUGAAGCUGAUGGUGUUCGUAAUCGUUGGAAUAAAUUGUUUACUGCUGUACUUUGUGAAGUCUUUGUUUAUGAGCAACUAUGUUUUCGGUUCGUUUCUUCGUUACAUGUUCGUCGGGAUGACAAAGCUGAUGAAGAUUUGUUUUGGCGUAAAUACGGUCGAUGGCGUGAUCUUUCGUAUCAUGUCAAAGGACUUGUUGAUGAAGAAAAACGACGAAAAACGAUAUUUAAAUCAAUAUUUAUCAUGACGGAUGAUGUUUCCAUGAUGAAUCAAUUGAUCGAUUACUCGAAUCCGAAUUCAAAAGGAACCGACGAACCUUACGCUCGUCAUCAUUUGCACAAUCACUCAAUACUUUUCAAUGUCUUAGCACCUCAAACAUGUUUCACUCCAUUUCAACGCAUUGGUUUUGAUUAA